AUGUCAGAUCCAAGUUCAAUUAAUGGGGGUAUCGUCGUCGCCAUGACAGGUAAAGAUUGUGUAGCGAUUGCCUGUGAUUUAAGAUUAGGUAGUCAAUCCCUUGGGGUAUCGAAUAAUUUUGAGAAAAUAUUUCAUUACGGACAUGUGUUUUUGGGCCUCACAGGGUUGGCUACAGAUGUUACAACAUUGAGCGAGACUUUCCGUUAUAAGACUAAUCUAUAUAAAUUGAAAGAAGACAGACCCAUUGAACCUGAUACCUUCAUACAAUUGGUUUCCACGACGUUAUAUGAAAAGAGAUUUGGUCCAUAUUUUGUUGGGCCAGUAGUGGCAGGUAUUAAUUCUCAAACGGAGAAACCAUUCAUCGCCGGGUUCGAUUUAAUCGGAUGUAUUGAUGAAGCCAAGGAUUUUAUUGUAAGUGGGACUGCAUCUGAUCAAUUGUUUGGUAUGUGUGAAUCUCUAUAUGAACCAAAUUUGGAAUCUGAAGAUUUAUUCGAGACUAUUAGUCAAGCUCUCCUAAACGCCGCAGAUCGUGAUGCUCUAUCUGGUUGGGGGGCUGUAGUAUAUAUAAUCAAGAAGGAUAAAGUCGUGAAGAGACAUCUAAAGAUGAGACAAGAUUAA